AUGUCAUUUUCUAGAGACUCCAAAACAGACCAAACGAGCUCUUCUAUCGCCGCAGAUCUCGAGUACAACAAAUCGGAGGAACAGACUGCUAGACACGUUGCUACUUCUGCGCCUUCUUUCGCAGAGGGCGGUGCUCAGGCCUGGCUGGUAGUCGUUGGCUGCUGGUGUGUCUCGUUCGUCUCAUUCGGCAUAGUCAACUCGUUCGNNGGUACGACCCAGACCAUACUUUCCCAUGACAAUCGACCACUGACCUGCUGCAGAGCCUACGAAACUUACUACCUGCGGAACUUUCUUCAUANNAUCGUCUGGCCAUCUUCAGUGCUACUGGUCAUUGGCAUGAUGCUCACCAGUCUAUGCAACAAAUUCUAUCAGUUCAUUCUGUGUCAAGGCAUCCUUUUGGGUGUUUCAUCGGGCCUCAUAUAUGCCCCAGCAGUCUCUAUCAUUGGUCACUACUUCUUCAAGAAACGCGCCAUGGCCAUGGCUUUCGCCUCCACAGGAUCUCCAUUCGGCGGCAUCAUAUAUUCCAUCAUUCUGAACAAUCUGAUCCCAACGAUCGGCUUUGGUUGGGCGCAGCGUGUUUGUGGCUUCCUGAGCCUUUUCCUCCUGGGCAUAGCUGCCUUUACGCUCCGUCCUUUGCGCAUUAAGAGGAAGGGUAGUUUUGUGCUUCUCGGCGCAUUCAAGUCGCCAGGCUACUCGGUGCUUGUCGCGGCGCUCUUUAUGGUCAUUCUCGGAUUCUGGUCUCCGUACUUCUAUAUCGCUGAUUAUGGCCUGUCUCAUGGCAUGUCGCCAAAGCUGGCUGGCUACCUUUUCGCAUUCCUCAAUGCUGGUUCUCUUUUCGGCCGUAUUGGGGGUGGUCUACUUGCGUAUCAGCUUGGUCAGUUCAAUACCAUCACCUUGGCUUGCCUAUUCUCGGCCAUUCUUCUCUUCUGUUGGCUGGCCAUCACCUCGACUGCCGGCUUGAUUGUCUUUGCCCUGUUGUUCGNNGGGGCCACGAGCGGCAUCGUCAUCGCAUUGAUGUUCCCAAUAGUGGCACAUAUGGCGGAUCAUCCCAGUAAAAUCGGAACAUAUAUCGGGCAGGCAACCUUUGUCAUCGGUUUUGCUGGUUUGGCGGGUGCGCCCAUCAUUGGCGCUCUUUUUGCUACCUAUCCGGGCUAUACUCAGGGUAUUGUCUUCAGCGCCACGGUCAUGAUGACGGGUGCUGUCCUUGCCGCAGCUGCCAGGUAUAUUUCUGCGGCUGACAAAAUUAUUGCUUGA